AUGGGAGUCCUCUUUUUGGUUCUAUUUUGUUUAACACUCUCUCGUGAGAGCACUGGAGAAGAGGCUGAUAAAGCAAUAGAAGCUGGAGGACUUGUUGUGGUAAAGUAUUAUUUAGAGACGUGUCAUUUCUGUACUAAGAUAAAAGAAGAAUACAAAUCUUUAGAAAAUGACUUGGCAAGCUUUGGAGACAAAAUUCAAUUCCUCGAUAUCAAUUGUAAAGAGCAUAAAGAAUUUUGUGAAAAGGGCGGCGUUCAUUCAUUCCCAACUAUCAUUCCAUAUUACCACAAAUUGAUGUAUGAACAACUCCUCCCACCAAGAGAAAUUUUCAACUGGAAACUGCAAAUCCUUGAAAUUUACAAUUCACCACUUAAUGAAAAAUAUAUCGGUAAAACAAAAUUUAAAGUCUAA